CUGAGCAAAGUCCAACAUUACUCUGUUCAGGAAGUCAUGCAUGUGUUUGUUUGGUGAGAAGACGGCGAAGAGAAAAAGAAAUGGCGCUAAGCCUUGCGUUGAUGGCAGCCGGCGUGGCAUCAGUGUCUGCGGCAGAACCGCCCGGCGUCAUCGAGAGUCUCUUUUUGGCCACCCAUCAGCGUCCCUGGCUCUGGGCGGUCUACGUCUUCAUCGUUGGACUUCCCAUCAUUCUUUUCAUUAGCUUCAUGUGGCCCGACAAGAGGUUUGGCCCCCCUGAUCAGCAAUAUUACUACAAGAAGUCUGAUGACGUACAACAUGAUGAUCUUGAAAGCUCACAGAAGAAAAAGCCAAAGCCCAUUUGGGCUGACAGAGCAUCUGUAAGAAGAAGAGAUGCUCAUGGCGAAGAAAGUAAUAGUGGUCUUUAAGACCACAGCAAACGUUACUCAGCUGGCAAAGAUUGUAAUAAAUCCAUUAGAAGAGGACAGCCUGCUGUUUCCUUUAGCUUGGACACACGCAUCUUUACCUUUGGCCAUUCUAAGACAUGAUUUUUCUAGGAGUUAUCUCACCCUCUGAGAAGCCUCCGUUUUAGUAAUGUUUUCUAAUGUUGUAACAAUGUGUAUAAUAAAUAUUACAUUUCA